AUGAACCUUUCGUGGUUAGCAAGGUUUUGUUCCCUUGCGCAAUAUGCGCUGUGGGCAGACUGUCAAGGAAUAGACCGAACGGGCCUGGGAGAAGGAAACACUCAUGCAUUCCUACCGUUGGCCAAUUCUAGUGAACAGGGCUUGCCAGUUCCAGGUCCCUUUGCUGAGGAUGUUGCGGGCACUAGCUCUGAAGGACAAUACAGUCGCAAGCGACCGUUUGAGGCAUGUCUUCCACUCUCUUCACAGCCGGAAACCAAUUCAAACGACCUAUCAUCGAUAAUUGAGGAUGUCGACCAUUGGCGAACAGAAUUAAGUUUGGGUGCGCACAAGAGACCCAAGAUAUACGGCCUGGGUUUUCAUCCUGAUAAAGAAGGUGCCGAAUCUACUCGAUAUGACUUAGAAUCUACAGCUUAUUUCGAUGUGGCGUCAAGGAUGGCCCAUGAUGAAAGGUAUUCUCAACUGAAAUCUUCAAAACUGGAUAGGUUUGGGUUGCCAAUUCAGGUUGAACUCUUGAGUCAGGAUGAAAUAUGGAACUCUCUUGAACAAGCAGUGACACCUAGCCGAGAUGGUGCUCCAUUUUUGGCAGGAUUUAGCAACAACCAGCUGCCUCAUCAUGAGACCCAGGAUGACCAGAAUGUACAAGACGUUUUGAAUAAGAAGCAAACUUUGGAUGACUCCUUGGGUGCCAAUAACCUUGAAGCGGAAGAAAAAAAAUCAAAGUCAAUUGCUCAUCCGGAGGACCCAAAGUUGGCAUUUGAUUCUCUUCCUGAAUCGUGCAUGAAUCAUACUUUUCUCAGCCUAUCCUUCGAAUUCACCCUCUCGAAAAUCGGAAACCGGAUCUCAAUCGCUGGAAUAGCAGUCGAAGAUGACCGUUUGUCCACCCUGGAUCUCUCGAUCUCCGAGUAUCUCGACCCGGCUGAAUUCCCGCUCACCUUGACCAAGGAGCACCAGACCAACUCGAUCGGACUCAGGUCGACGACCCAUCUGCUCGAUUUCCUCUCCCUCUUCGUCAACCGAAUCCUCAGCCACUUGCUUCCUGAUUUGAUCCCACCCACCAGCCCCAACCACCGCUCACCGCCGGCCUCCUCAUCAGCCACCACCACUACCCCCGCGUCUCGCCCAGUCCCGGAAAGCUUCGUGCGGCCUCAAGUAGAUCGCCAAGCUCACCAUCCAUCCAUUCUGGAAAUCGGCCGCUCAGACCUCGAUCCGAUCGGCACGUCGAAUCUGCACAUCCCCUCGCUCUACAACGCCCCAACGGGGGGGCCAGACAGUCGAUCAGGCAUGCUUGUCGGCGGGAACCAUCCGAUCUUCAACCGCCAACCUCCCCUCCCGGGUCGGAUCGGUGGGGGAGGCGGCCUCCCCGGCGAAUUCUUGCCCCCCGGUGCUGUGCCCCCUGGUGCACGCUUCGACCCCUUCGGCCCCGGCUUUCCUGCCACCCAUCCUGGCUUCGGCUCAGACCUCGAUCCUAUGGGCGGCCUCGGUCAAGGAUUGCCCUUGCGAAACCCUCAUCAUGGAUUCUCAUCUAGUCGCCCAGACUUCAACGAUUUUCGUCCUCCUGGUGGACAUGGGUCCGGAUACGAUGACAUGUUCAUGUGA